AGUGACGGGCUGAUCGGGCAGGGUGUCAUGUUUAAAAGUAUUAUUGUUGAGCACGUAACACUUAUUACACACAGAUAUAGAAAUAUUUAUAUAACUGUGCCUUAGAACUAGAGGCAAUAUAGUGUAUAACACGAUUUCAACCUUAUCGGCUUCCUCUAUCGCUCCGAGAGUUUUUUUUACAUCUCCCAAUUAAUCUUUGGUAAUCUUUUUAGCAAACUACGAAUUCCGUGCAUCUCGCGCGGUUGUAAUAUACAAUACAUAUAUAAGAAGGUUUCAUCAUUAAAUUAGACGCAUGUUGUAAGCACGUUUAUCGAACGCGAUUUCUUGGGACGAUUAGUUGGGAGCGCGCGUUAAUAAUCCAAGAGCGUUUCGACAUAUUUACUUUAUAUUGGUGUGAACUUCCAUCGCUGUACGAGUUUCUGAUUCGGAAGGACAAAUAUAUAUAUUUCUCUAUCUCUUUCUCUCUCUCAAUAAUGUUAUUUUUACAAUUCCGACAGUCCUGUUACGUUCAGUCUCGGUACGUGGCAAGGACUCAGCGACUCUUACAGCGAGAGAACGAUCUUAGAUCUUGAAUCGUGUAAAACUCAAGCUGUAUCUCUUCUUACAUAUAUAUUUUACGUGUAUAUCCCGUGUAUUAAUUAUGAAGUUAAUUGACUCGAGCUUGAUCUAUGUCGUGUUUUUGUAAAACAGAAUAUUGUAACAUAUAUAUGAAUUUGAAACAUAUAAUAUAUAUGUAUAUUCACAUCUAAAAAGGGGCGGAAAGCACAUUUCUCAUCUCGUGCACCAAAGAUAUUCUUCAUAUUCUGUAGAAAAAAGCGAUACAAUUAGUAUGCAAUGCAUAUAUAUAAAUAUCUCCUAGAUAUACUACGUUAGAGAUUUUAUUACAGAUAUCAAAAGAGAAUUUGUUGUAUAUGAUCUACACAUACAUACGAUUGUUAUACGUAUAAUUAUAUAUGAUUACACCGAGUAAGUUUUGCUUCGUACGUGACUAAAUCAUCACGUGCGAGUAAUUAACAGCGAUUUCGUUAACACUCGUCUUUAAAUAAAAGUAUUCUAUUAAAGAAUGUACUGUAUAAAAUUUCUAAUGUGUUUCUCGAAACCAACAUAUAGAUAUAUAAUUAUACAAUUAUUCUCUUUCAAUUAUAUUGAAUGAUUAUGUAUUGAAAUUGUUGAUCCGAGGCCUAAAAUCUAAAAUCUAUAUCAAGAUUCUUAAGCGAUCAUCAUUGAAAAACAUUUUAUCCGACACUUGACCAAAUACUUGAACAUAAAAAAUGGCAAAAAUAUAAUCCAAUAUUUGUGCGAUAUUUCGCGAUAAAUUCUUUUAAGAGCAAGAAUACGGGCGUAUAUUUAUGGAAGGCAGCUGUUUGGAUUCUUAUCACUCGCCAUCUUGUACUGAGGUACCGAUACAAGUCCGAUCGAUCGGAGGGAGGGGGCCCCUCUGACAACGCGAUACGUUAGUGCUCCGUAUAAACGCGGUGGAAAUUCCACCGUGUUCUUCAUUUUCGCAUACCGUGUAUAUCCGUGCGUUUACACCUUCCCGGCCCUUUCUCCUCGUGUUGUUUCGCUGCCCUCUUUCGUGACGAAGCAAUCUUUCGAUAGCUGAUAGAUCGAAGGAUCCACAACCGGAGUUCCUUCAUCGUCGAGCGGGUGCGAGCAGGUGCGAGACGAACGUCGUGGCGUGAUAUAUCAUCGCCGGGCACAAUGGCUUGCGAAUUCUUUAAGCUUGAACGAUGGCCGAUUCACGCGGCUUCAAGCCAAUAAACCAGUUGUGGCAGAGCGCAACAGUGCCGACGGAUCAGGAUUCGGAGUGUCUCUACGAGGAGAUCCCGGGGUCUCGGGAUACGGAUCAGCCAGCUGGUGCCGCCGUUGGGCACGCGGUGCAGGGGGAGGAGGAAGAGGAGGAGGAGGAGGAGGAGGACGAGAAAGGCAGCAGGGGAAGUCUCGAUUUUGGGGUCCAGGUUGGAGGUAGCGGCGACUGGUGGGGCGAUCAGUCGGGGGAUCGGGAGGACAUCGUCACCGGCGGCGGUACCGUCCCCCGUAGCAGGUCAGUCGGCAGGAACGGCCGAUCGGGGACGAGCGGCGGCGCGAGAUCGCGCAGCGGGUCGACCGAUCGGCGUCGGCCAGAUCGAACGCGCCAGCAGGACAUCGUCGUCGUCGGCAGGGUGGAGGAGGAGCGGUAUGCCGCGCGCAGGAUCCACGUGGAGCCCGGUACAGGCGCCGUAUUGCCGCCUCCUGCGGCUACCGGCCUCAAGCUGACCAGGGGGCGACCAACGAGCCAGAGCACCGUCGCCCGUUACUUGCACUCGGCCAGCACCAACGCCUCGGCGACACACCACCAUCAUCAUCAUCACGGCUUGCACAGCCAGUAUCCACCGGCAUCCAGGACGACCGGCAGGCAGCACCGCCAUCAUCACUCAAGCCGCGGCGCCUUCAGUAAUGAGACGCAGGAAGAGGUACAGGAGGACGAUGAAGCCACUCUACGGGAGUUGCUCGUAAGUCUGCAGAAACAGGUCAGCGUUAUGAGUAUGAACUUGAGUGCCAAGCUGGACGAGCUGCAGCGGGGUGACCGCCAGCUGGAGACCACCGUCGCUCUCUGCGAGAUCCGCACGCAGCUGCAGGAGCUCACGAAGAGCGUAGAGUCUUGUCAGAGCGAGGUCAGCGAGGUGAAGCGGGACAUGGUCGCGAUUAAGCACGAACUAGAUACGGUACAGCAAGUUAAGGAAGAGAUAGAGGAAUUACGGGAGUACGUGGAUCGACUGGAAGAGCACUCCCAUCGGCGGAAACUUAGGCUCCUGGAGCAGGGACUGACACUUUUCCUAUCGUAUGCGAUACUGGCAGCCGUAUUGGGAAUGUUGCAGUUUGGAUACAACACUGGAGUGAUUAACGCGCCUGAAGUGAACAUAGAGAAUUUUAUGAAAGAUGUGUACAAGGAUAGAUACGGAGAGGAUAUUUCGGAUGAUUCUGUCAAGACAUUAUACUCUGUGGCCGUGAGCAUAUUCGCGAUCGGUGGUAUGGUGGGUGGUUUCAGUGGAGGAACAAUCGCCAACAGAUUUGGCAGAAAGGGAGGCUUACUGCUAAACAACGUGCUGGGCAUCGUGGGGGCGUGCCUGAUGGGUUUCACGAAGCUCGCUGAGUCGUACGAAAUGUUGUUCUUCGGACGGUUCAUCAUCGGUGUCAAUUGUGGCUUGAACACCUCGUUGGUUCCCAUGUACAUAUCGGAAAUAGCGCCAUUGAACCUGAGAGGCGGCCUAGGCACGGUGAACCAGCUCGCUGUUACGGUGGGCCUCCUGGUCUCCCAGGUGCUGGGCAUCGAGCAAAUCCUUGGAACAAACGAGGGUUGGCCCGUUCUCUUAGGACUAGCUAUCUGUCCUGCCAUUCUACAGCUAUUGCUGCUUCCAGUUUGCCCGGAAUCUCCAAGAUAUUUGCUCAUUACUAAACAAUGGGAGGAAGAGGCUCGGAAAGCUUUGAGAAGGUUGAGAGCCAGUAACCAAGUAGAAGAAGAUAUUGAAGAGAUGAGAGCGGAGGAACGAGCUCAACAAGCUGAGUCUACAAUCUCGAUGACCGAGCUUAUAUGCAGCCCAACUUUAAGAGCACCUCUCGUUAUUGGUGUGGUUAUGCAACUUUCGCAGCAGCUUUCGGGUAUUAAUGCCGUAUUUUAUUAUUCCACGAAUCUGUUCACUAGUUCUGGUUUAACGGACGAGAGUGCCAAGUUUGCAACCAUUGGCAUUGGUGCCAUUAUGGUUGGUAUGACGCUAGUGUCCAUCCCGCUCAUGGAUAGGACAGGAAGGCGUACAUUGCACUUGUAUGGUCUCGGUGGCAUGUUUAUCUUUUCAAUAUUCAUCACAAUUUCGUUUCUCAUAAAGGAGUUCUUUGGCUAUGUGCAGGAAAUGAUCGACUGGAUGUCCUACAUCUCGGUAGUGUCUACUCUGUGCUUCGUCGUGUUCUUCGCCGUAGGACCCGGAUCCAUCCCAUGGAUGAUCACGGCGGAACUGUUCUCCCAAGGUCCCAGACCCGCCGCUAUGUCUAUCGCGGUCCUCGUCAAUUGGAUGGCUAAUUUCUUGGUCGGCAUCGGUUUUCCAAGCAUGAAGACUAGCCUUGAAAACUACACGUUCCUACCGUUCAGUGCAUUUCUAGCCGUCUUCUGGAUCUUCACGUACAAGAAGGUUCCUGAGACUAAGAAUAAAACAUUCGAAGAGAUUCUAGCUUUAUUCAGGCAUGGUAAUGACAGGAGCAGCUUGCGGGACAGCAGACUUUAUGGGAGCAUGCUAAACUGUGUGAAUGCAUUAGAGGGACACAUACCGCCAGCAGAGAGCGCAGCCCUGAUGGUGGCAGAGGAGAAGCCACAUCCUGAUUCAUUUGUGUUUGCAGCUGGAUCCGAGCGCUCUUCCGUCGCUCCCGCUCAGCCGGAGAGACCACCGCCCCCGCUUCCCCCGCCACGCUUUCCGAACAGCGGUGUCUGACAAUGGGAAACAGCUCCUCUUAAUAUCGGUAACCUAGUGAUCAUGAACGCGCCGAUACCGCUACCGCUGCUGCUCACCACCAGCAGCCUUAGCCUAGAGACGCAGCUGUACGAGAUCAUCACCGAGAGCGGUAAGGCGUGCGCGGCCUUCCUGCGGAACAGCCUGCGUCGCGCGAACAGCCUCGGCUGGAGCGCGACCGAAAGCUUCGAGACUACGGGGAUGACGACGACGACGACGAGCGGCGCGAUUUGAAGCGGGCAGUGAGAGGAGAACCGGAAACGAGAAACGCGAAGCGGAGUAUUGCGAGAAAUCUCAUCAUCGGGCGACACAUGACGACGAGUGACGAGUGUUCCUCGUUUCAUCGAUCGCCAUCUCUCUCUGUGUAUGUCUGUCUCUCCGCGAGUUGAAUUAGUUCAACGAAGGGCGUAGGGGGUAAUUUUUCCAACUAUCAUGAUCCGAUGUUUUUAACAAGGCACUGCGAUAAUUCUUUUCAAUAAUUUAACCGCGCGCGAUCAGACGUCACUUCUUAAUCGUAUCGUGAUAUUUAUGAAAUAAGUAUAAUCGUGACUUCGUAAUGAUUAUUAUGGGAUCGUUAAGAAAAAUUCCAGUAUCACGUGCGUGUUGUCGAAAUUAUCCCGAUCGAGCUUACAUCUCGAUGAUACUUAAUGACGAUAAAUUUAUUCGGGAUGUCAUGAAAUGUUUCGAAUAUAAAAGAAAUAAAUAAAUCGGGCGGAUCAAUAUCGAAAGAUGACAGAUCGAAGAUGUCUCGGCGAAAGCGAGACAUGAUUGAUCCUCCUCCUCGUAGAAGCGGAAGAUACGAUCUUCGCACGGGCAUUCGAGUCGGAAAAAAACGUACGCGCGGACGAUAAGACGAGCGAUCGAGAUAGAUUAAUCGAAAUGUUGCGAAAGUGAUUUGUGCCUAGACGAGUAUGUUUAGGAAAAUGAAAAAUGCGUAAAAAUUGCUGCAUCGGCGAUCGCGCACUAAUACGAGUACUCGAGGAACUUUGCGCGACAUGGAAGGAUAUCGAAAUGUGAAUCGGCAGACACACACGCACACGAGGAGGCAGGAGAGGGGGAGGCAACCCCCUUUCCCUGUAGCAACCCCUUCGUCCUCGAAAGAGAGAGAGAGAGAGAGAAAACGAAGGCGACGAGAACGUGUAUCUAUAAUAAUAUCCCUUCACUUUUAUAUCAUUAAUUUUCUAGGACUCAUGUGUCGGGACUACGUGUCGUUUUUUACGUAUCACACUCUGUCCUCUGUACGAUUCAUCGCAACGUGUUGUGUAUUUAUUAAGCCGCGCGCUGUUACUUCCGCGACGACGACAAUGGGAUGGGAUAGAUGUACUGUGCGCGCGACUGCCAUAAACCCGCAACAAAUUCAAAAGAUUACGCGACCUGCCCUCGAGACACUGUGAUAUUUUCUUUUCGUCGUUUCCGGCGUUCGAUUCCGGAAUUAUCGAGAGCGAGUGUAUGCUAUAUAGCCGGAGAGACGGAAAGGUAUCGAAUUGGUUCGCUUCGUGAAAGGACUGAUUAAUUUCCGAAUGAACGGAGAGAUGAUAACGAUUGGGAAUGUUUGAAAGCGUUAAAACGAUUCGAAAAAAUUCGCCGGUUAAAGGUGCUUCGACCUGUGUGAAAAAAAAUGGGGAAUUAAAAGGAAUUAAGAUGAAUUCCUGCCGAUUCCUUUUAAUCCGCCUAUUUCUCGUUGCGAGGGAAGGCUAGCAAUUUUUCGAAAUUUACAAAAUCAAAGGAGACGGGGGAAAAAGAACUUACUUGCCUUUAUAAAUCGCGGGGCGUAACAGUGCGUUAACGAACGAAGUAGUAGCGACUCUCGUAUCGAAGAUCUCAAAUUGGGCAUCGACCAACUGCAUUAAAUUAAUGUCAAAAGAGAAACCACAUGGAAUUAUUAGCUUAUCUUUCGAUUAGCCGCGACCUCGACGACGUUCGCGAUCACGUCGGAACUCAUACGGUGCCUCUCGACCGCAGUAUAAUUCACAAACUAAUCAACCAUACUUUAUCUCUUACAAGACGCAGGGUACAUUACAAAUACACUUUCAGUUUCGGCCGAGUGGAUGUGCCGAUUCCUUAAUUAUUCGCAUCUCAAAUAUUUCCGUAAUAUAUUAUAUCUUGAAAUUACUUUAAAUCGAUAAUCAACGUAUAAACGAUAAGAUCUAAACGUAAAAAAAAAAAAAAAUAAUAAUAAUAAUAAUAAUUUACGGAAAAUAUGCGAAUAAAAUAUAUAAAAAUUUAUCUAAAACUAAAUUAUGAAUUAAAAUAAAAUUGUGAAUUUUUCCAAUCCUCGUAAAAUUGAUUGUAUCUCUGACUUAAUAAAUCCUCGAUCGAUAUUUCGAGAUGCAGGUCGAUGCAUUUUUCUAUCGCGACAGGAAUCGACACCUUCCCGUCCGAAUCACGAAAUCAAUAACAGCAGCCUGUCUGCGCAGAGGCAUGCCUUUUCUUACUCCGUCAUUAAUCUUUCUUCUCCUCUCCCUCCUCCCCCUCCCCCCGCUGCUAUCGAUCUUUUUAACGGACGUGCACACGAUUCGAUAUUUCGGGACUCCGAGGGAGACGUCGAUCUCUCCUUACGUGCUGUACAUAAUACUGUGUAUAUACUUGUAUACUUCUACUCUGUACUUGAGAGACGUCGCUGGGCCACAGCAAGUGUAUAAUAAUCCAAUAUAUAACUGGAGAGCUAGCAUACUCCGUUUCCCGCUAAAGUAGCCUUACCGACGACGAGAUGACACAAACGAGGACAAGUAUAUAUCUGCACUGAUACUGAUUCAGAGUCGUUUUAGAUCCCAAAUAAGUCGAUCGAGCAACCGUGAUCCUCUCGAGAGAAGCCCUUGCUCUCUUUCGCGAUAGUGACGAGCCGACGAAAUCGACGGUGAUUGCGCAUCCGCGGCUUCUAUCGUUUUGUCGUUUUACGUUGCGUUCACGUCUAUCCGCAUGCAACAGCUCAAUCGCGAUCUGACGAAUUCGUAGAAUCGUAAAUAUUAGGCAAAAAUCACUCACCGAUCUGACGAAUGUCGCGGUCCGCAUCUUUUGGUACAUCCGAUGAAUAAGUCUUGAUAUCAGUGAAGAGCCUGCAUCUCGAUAAAUCUGUAAAAAAGAAAGAAAGAAAUUGAUGGUUAUUUAUUUAUUUUGUUAUUAUUUUCUUAUAUUCUUUUAUUAUUUUUUACGGUUUUUGCGAGUCUUUAAUUUUCCGAAACAGAAAUUAGUAUUGAAAAAUCUUAUCAUUCCUUUAACCAUCUCUCUACUAACAUUUACAUAUCUCUCUUUAAAAAUUAAAUAAAUUAAUAUUUUCCUUCAGGCUUGAAAUACGUUACAGAGAAUUUUUUAAUAUUCGUAUAUUGAUCGUUUUAAUAAAAAUAUCUUUAUUUUUCUUAUUACGCGAACUUUUCGAUAAAUUGAAAUAUAUAUGUGACGGUCAAGUAUUUCUGAAACUUGAAUCGUUCUUUCGUUACUUUCAAAAUGUUUCCGAAAUUUUAUAUUGGCCUUUCUGUAACAUUUUUUUUUUUUUUUUAAAUGAGCGAAAAUUAAUUUCAUAUCUUUGUUAAGAAAAAGAUUACUUUACUCGAACGCACUCAUAAAGAAUAAAAAUUGAUGCUAACAUAUUAAAAAUAAAAAGGAUAUGAUAGAAAACCACAGAAAGCCUACAAUUUUAGACUAGAAUUUCGAUUUACAUAAUAAAUUCCUGGCAAUUUUUUUCUAAAGCAAAUCUACUUGUGCGGGGCAAACGUGACUUGAAUAAAUACUGCUGCUUCAAAGAUCGCGACGUAAAUGCAAUAUAGUAUUUAGAAUAGAAAGGAUAAAUGAAUAAGGAAAAAAAGAUCCAGAUAGAUUCACGCGCGAAACGCGCCGUAAGAUAUCACAUAUUCAAACGAGAGCAACUGAAAGAAGUUUUUAAUUAUAAGCUGUCCGAAACAUACAGAAUCAGUGAGAAAGGCAAUAAAGCUAUAUUGAACUGAAAAAGAAAAAAAUAUACUAAAGUAGAUCUCCUUGCAUUAUAUGAGUAUUAUCAGAGAAUUCAGAAUAUUAUAUUAAUUAUCGAUAACUCUAGGCUAGGCAUAUAUAUAGAAACUAUAUAUAGCUAUUAGAUGAUAGUAUAUAUAUAUAUAGCACGACGUAUAACAAGAGCUAAUUAAUAUAAUUGGAAACUUCACCGAGACGGGCGAAUAAACUCUCUCUCUUUCUCACACACCUGUGCAAUGACUGUAUAAUAAUUAUAUCGAGUAUAUCGUCAUUAUCUCACCAUUUCGGAAUCGUCAUUACAGGCUUAUUAACAAACGCGGUAAUUACCGAGAGAUAUGGUGUACGUGCGAUUAUAUUUUGGUUCAAACUAGACGCGUCGAUUCCGGGAACUCUCGCAGAUUUUCAAACCCGACGUGUAUGCAAAUUAUAUCGCCAUAGUAAAAAGAGAUUGCGAACGCGUAACGAUUAUUAUUGUAGCUGUAAAACUAUAUCCGGCUCCCAACAUCGUGCUACGGCAACCAUAUAUACCUGUUGAAGAAACCUUCUUUCGAUUACCACCUCACCGAGAAAAGGCAUGCUGCGAUGUGUUCACAAAAGAUAGAUCAUUGGCACCAAAACGUUAUCAUCAUCACACGCGCGGUAAUUUCUAUAUCCUCGAGAAAAUGCAGUAUGCCGUAACGUAAUUAAAAAAAAAAAAAAUCAACGCGAGAUCCGUAAGCGAGUUACGAAAGGCUUUUCUGUCUCCGUGCAAUUAUGCGUCUCGAGAGAGAAAAAGAGAGAGAGAGAGAGCGCAUCAGUACGAAAGGCCUUUCUUAAUCCUUACAUGCGCAAAGGAUUACACUUAUCUGUAAUUGAGACCCACGUACAUAUAAUACUAUAACGAGAAUAAUUCGUUUCUAAAAAAAUUGUAAUAACGCGCGCGCGUAUACAUAUAUAUACAUAUAUACAUAUAUAUUAUUAAAAAACAAUGGCUACUUUAAACGCGAAGAUCUAAUAAUGUAUUUCGCACUCAUCACGACUUUGAUAAAAAGAUAAGCAAUGAUCGCAUCAAUGGUUUCGAGUCAAUGACACAAUAUUAAACUCAUUGAAUACUACAACGUUUAUAGAGCCUUAAAGUGGGAAAUAAAAGAGAAAAGAGAAAAAAAGCAAGAGAAAUUUUUGAACAGUCCAGCAAAGUAUAAGUGAUUACAAUAACGAUUUGUAAAAUAAGUUCACUGCCACUCAAACGACUUGCGCCCCUUAGGAGAGCGCCAAUAUUCCAAGAUGUGAAUGUGUACAGUUAUGUGAAAAGUAUAUUAUAUAAUAACGUAAUUAUAUUUACAUAUGAUAUUAAUUAGUAUUAUGUAAAACUAAAUAGCAUAUAACGAUACUAAGAGUGGUAUACAUACGUAGAACAUAGGUAACGAGAAAGAAAAAAAAAUACACUCACAUACAUACAUACUUGUCGCAGAUUUAUUUCAAGGAAAAUAUUUACGCGCCCAUUCAUUUAUACAUUACUAUUCUAAAAAUUAUCACACAUAAGUUUCCUUUGCUAAACAAUAAUCAUUCGAUUGGUAUAUAAUGUAUACUUUUUCCCCUUCGACGUCGCUUCUACAACAUGAAAAAGGGCAUCUAUUUUUAUCUGUAAUUAUAAGUUCGAAAUCGAGAUUUCAAAUAUCGUCACUAUCAAUAAAUCUGACGAAAUUUAAUCGUAUAUUUGAUCAGCUUCCCAUUGUGAGCGCGAUCGACAGAGUGCCCGCGUAAUAUGACGUAUGUUGUUUCCGAUUAAUGUUGUCUAAUGCUUUGCAAUUUUUCUCUCACGGAACGUAAAUAUGUUCUGUGCGAUUUACAUUUGUUAAGUAUUAUGUAACUGAAUUCUUUUUAUAAAAGCCCUUACAUUCUCUC